AUGGUUAAAAAGGGUAGUAAUAACAAAAGUAAUAAAAAGAGAAGUAUCCAAAAAGUGUUAGAUGCUUACCAAAUAGCUGAAAGACAAGAAAAUAGAAACAAGAAUAAAAAUAUUGAUAAUGAAUCAGAAGAUGAAACCAAUUUAUCAAAAGGUAUACUAGACGCAAGGAAAUUUUUAUCAGAAGAUUCAAGAAAAGAGGAUUUAUUAGAUGAAGAAUUAGAUUCAGAUGAAGCUUUAGGAUCAGAUGAUGAGUACGAUAUUUUAAAUUCAAGGUUUUCACAAUCGAUUAGAGAUAGAAUAAAAAAGCAAAAAAUAGGUCAAAAAAUAGGUCAAAAUUCUGUAAGUGAAGAAGACGAGGAAGGUGGAUAUUCAAGUAUAGAUGAAAAUCAAUUAGUUACUUUAUCAGAAGCAUGGGAUUUGGAUGACAAAGAUUUACAGGAAACUUUAAAACAAAAUCCAAAAGCGAAACAAAAUAAUGAAUUAGUUUUAAAUGAUGGUUGGAUAACAGAAAGUUCAGUAGCUGAUUCUUCAACAGGUGAUGAUGAAACAACAGAUUCUUCAGAUGCAUCUUCAGAUGAAGAUGAUAUUUUUCAAACUACAAAUAAUGAAGAGUUUAAUUUAACUAAAACUUUAAACAGAUUGAACUCGUCAAUUGCAUCAAAAAAGCCUAAGGAGAAGAAAAAGCUUAUAAACGAAUCAAGACAGGAGAAUGAAUUCAACUUGCCAACUAAUGGUCAGCAUUUAAGUAUACAGGAAAUGAUGCAAGGUGUGGAGGGAGAAGAAGACAAUCCUAUCUUGAUAGAUCAAAGCUCGAAAUCCAUUGCUACGCCAUUACCACAACGUAUUCAACAAAGAAAUGAUCGAGGUAUAGCAUAUGAUUUAGCAAAAAAAGAAAUUAGCAAAUGGACAGAUACUAUUCAACAAAAUAGACAAGCAGAGGUUUUAAAAUUUCCAAUGCAACAAAUUGAGAAGCCACCUACCACAGCUACAACAUUUAGAUUGGAAAAUCAACCAGAAACUGAACUUGAAACUAAAGUCAAUCAUAUUUUAUCCCAAUCAGCUCUUAUAGAUGACAAAAAAGAAUCUACAUUUGAGGAAAUUGAAAUGGCAAAAUUAACACCACAAGAAUUAAAGAAAAGAACCAAUGAACUAAGGUUAAUGAGGGAAUUGAUGUUUAGAGAGGAGAAGAGAAAUAAAAGGUUGAGGAAGAUAAAAUCCAAAACAUAUCAUAAAAUAAAGAAACGAGAAAGAGAGAGAAAUAAAGAAUUAGUUGAAACUGAUGAAGAGGAAGAGGAAGACCAAGACAUGAAAAGAGCAAAAGAAAGGAUGAGCUUAAAACAUAAAACACAAUCAAAAUGGGCUCAAUCUAUGAUCAAAAGUGGUUUAUCGAAAGAUGCAUCAAAUAGAUCAGAAUUAGAAGAAAUGUUGAGGCAAGGUGAAAAAUUACGUGAAAAACAAAUCAAUUACGAUAUUGAUCACAGUGAUGAAAAUGUUAGUGAGAUAGAAAAAGAAUACGAGAAUGAAUUAGAGCAAGAUAGAUCAAAGUUGGGCAAAGGUAUUAUGAAUAUGAAGUUUAUGAAAAAUGCAGAAGCUAAAAAGAAAGAAGAAAAUUUGAGUUAUAUACAAGAAUUAAAAAACUUUAAAGAAAACAGUGACGUUGAAGACAACGAGGAAAAUAACAAUUUAAUAAACUUAACAAAAAAUCAAGGACGUAGAGUAUACAAUCCAACUGCAUCACCCGAAUUAGAAGGUGAUGAUGAAAGACAAAAAAAAAAUAAUCUAGAAGUUAGAGAAGAAGUAAGAGAGAUUGAAGAAACUAAUGAAAUACCAAAACAAAUUGAUGAAGAGAAUCCAUGGCUCAUUUCAACCUCAGAUUCGAAACAAAAACUGAAUAAAAUCACCACUAUUGAGAAAGACUCUUCGACAUUAGCCAAAUCAGCCGCAAAGAUUGCAAAAUUAAAAGCUAGAAAGGGUAUGAGUAACGAAUCUUUAAUCCAUUUUGAAAAUUCAAUGGUAUUUCAAAAUGAAGAGGAUGAAGAUGAAGAGGCUCCUCAAAUGUUUAAACAAAAAGAUUUGAUAAAACAAGCAUUUGCAGGGGAUGAUGUAGUAGCCGAGUUUGAAAAUGAAAAGAAAAGAGUCAUUGAAGAUGAAGAUGACAAAGAAGAAGAUGUGACAUUACCAGGUUGGGGUGAUUGGGCAGGAGGUUCACUUAGGAAAAAUAAUAAGAAAAGGAAAUUUAUUCGUAAAGUAGAUGGUGUAAUGCAAAAGGAGAAAAGAAAAGAUAAGAAUUUGAAAAAUGUUAUUAUAAACGAAAAAAUCAAUAAAAAGAAUUUGCAAUACCAAUCUAGUGAUGUUCCUUACCCUUUUGAAACAAGAGAGCAAUACGAAAGAUCUUUAAGAAUGCCAAUUGGUCAAGAAUGGACUUCAAGAGAAACCCAUCAAAAAUUAACAAUGCCUAGAAUAAUUACGAAACAAGGUAUGGUUAUAGAUCCUUUAAAAGCACCUUUUAAAUAA